CUUGUAUAGUGGAAUCGCAUUUUCAGGAUCAGCUUUCUUCCUUGGGCGAGGGUGUUAGAAAUGAAUAAGAAAGAAGACAAUGGCGGAUAAUGUUAUCUUGGUUCCAACUAUGCGUUGAGUAUGUCAGUGUGACUCGUUUCAAAAUUCAAGUUAUGUCUUUCGGUAUGAUUCAGGAAGGUUUACUAGCAUCAGGAUGCUUCUUAGUCAUCAUAGCAACUUGGUGGUUAAUACAGUUAACUAAGCGUUACUACCACAGCAAACAACGCCACUAUGACUUCCAGAGCUCGGUAACUUUCCCAUGUUGCGAAACACUGAAAAAACACCCCAUCGAGGGCUUCUUCAAGAUACUGUCCAGCCUGUCCAUUGCCAUCGUCUUGUUCUGCAUCGACAACAACAAUGACAACACCAUUUCCGAAGGUCGGGACAAGUUUCUGACCAACACCGAAUUUGGAACGCUGUUCACCUUCAUGAUGAUGUCUGGCGUCAUGGACGUGUUGGCCAGCUGGAGCAAGAGAUCGUUCUACAACGGCCUCGACUACGUCGCUUUCAUGAUGUUCUUCGCCAUCGAAGCUCUCAUCCUGAUGUGCCGGUCUCGGAUCGCCGAUGAACCCAUCUACACGCUCUAUCAGCUGAACGUCAUCUCUGCUCUGGUGACGCUGGCGGUCAUCGCCAUGGAGAUGAAGUACCCCGAUCAGGUUCUGUGCCCGCUGAUGCGGAGCUACCUGGUGUUGGUUCAGGGAACGUGGAACCUGCAGGUGUUCUAUUUCUUCAACGCCGGUCCGCUGAACAUCAAGGACGGUGCCGACCGGUCGAUGCUGCUCUCCAUGUAUUUCUCGUGGCACUGCGGGGCCGCGUUCUUCGUCGUGCUCCUCAUGUGGAUUCUCGUUUUCAAGCUCGCACAGAAGAACUGCUGUCCGUGCGGCGGUGUGGAUGUGGGCUCUGGGUCGGAGAUGGUGUAUUUGGAGAACAGAGUCAGGUUUGAUUAUCACCUGAUGGAUAGGUUUGAGUCAGAUAUUGACUGAAUGCUGAUGUGCGUGCUUGGUCAAUGAUAUGUAUGUAAAUAAUGUUUUUAAUUUCUAGAUAAUAAGAGUCAGGUUUGAUUAUCACUUCAUGGACAGGUUUGAGUCGGAUAUUGACUGAAUGUUGAUGUCUGGGUCAAAUAUUAAAUAUUAAUUUAGAGAAUAGAGGUAGCCAGGUAGGUGGUGGACAGAUUUGAGUCCGAUAUUGACUGAAUGUUGAUCAGUGUGUGUGCUGGUCAAAUAUUACAUACCGGUAUGUAAAUUGAGAGAAUAAGAGUCAGGUUUGAUCGUCACUUGAUGGACAUAUUUGAGUCGGAUAUCGACUGAAUGAUUAUGUGUGUGCUGGUCAAAUGUUGCAUAUAUAUAUAUAUAUAUAUAUAUAUAUAUAUAUAUAUAUAUAUAU